AUGUGGAAAAAAUCAGAAGCAAAGUAUUUAUUGUUUUGGUUUAUCGAGAUGGGAAGAGGAAAGUUUAAGGGGAAGCCUACCGGUCAACGCCAGUUCUCAACCCCCGAACAGAUGCUUGCUGGCACCUCGACACGUCCUCGCACGUUUAAACGGGAGGAAGCUGCUUAUGAAGAAGAAAAGCGGGAAGAGGAAUCUGAAGAGGAAUCUGAAGAAGAAUCUGAAGAUGAUUCUGAUCAAAAGCGGAAAGGAACUCAAGGUGUUAUUCAGAUUGAAAAUCCUAAUUUGGUGAAAGCGAAGAAUUUGAAAGCUAGAGACAUUGAUACUGGGAAAACAACAGAGCUUUCAAGGCGUGAAAGGGAGGAGUUAGAGAAACAAAGGGCUCAUGAGCGAUAUAUGAGGCUGCAAGAACAAGGGAAAACAGAACAAGCUAGGAAAGACUUAGAACGAUUAAGUCUCAUACGCCAGCAAAGGGAAGAAGCUGCUAGAAAGCGAGACGAAGAAAAGGCUGCCAAGGAGCAAAAGAAAGCAGAAGCUCGGAAAUGA